GACAAUGUUCCACUUGUUUUCUCACUGUUGGCGAUGGGUCCAGAUAAAGCAGGAACCAAUUAGGAGUGUUACUAUUCUCUUCUUGGGAAUGGAAAAUGCUGGAAAAAGUUCAAUAAUCAAAGUUAUAAAAAGAGGCCCUCCAUGUCAGGUAUCUUCAUCCAAUGAUCCAUUCAGAACAGAGCUUCGUUUUGAUCAGUUUGAGCUCACUCUCCUUGAGCUUCCCAGUGGACAAAAGACAAGGGCAAAUUGGCGAUUGUACUACCCUCAUGCACAUGCUCUUGUUUUUGUAUUGGAUGCUAGUGAUCAUGGACGCAUACAGGAAGUUGCAGGUGUCCUUUCUAGUGUCCUCAAACACCCUACAGUGGCUGGAAAACCACUUUUAAUAUUGGCAAAUAAACAGGACCAAGCUUCUGCGCUUCUUCCAAGUGAGAUAAUUGAGAUGCUGUCAUUAGAAAAACUGGCAAAUGAAAAUAAAACUCUAUGCAGAAUUGAACCAUGUUCAGCAAGCACAGACUUUCAUUCGAAUCAUGACUGGGCUAUUCUAAAAGGUUUGCGUUGGGUCUUACGAUCUGUGGCCAUCAGCUAUUCUACUCUCAGUGCUCGUAUAAUACAAGAUAGCGCAGAGCAAAAAGAAAAUAUUUACCAUAGAACAUCUGCGAGUACCCCUUUAAGGACGCAGGGGUGGGAAAUGCCUCAUGACAGCCUCACAGAGCUUGUGGAAUACAAACCAUUUCCAGGUAGCAAGAAAAGGCCACUAAAACCCAUUCAAAACAUCUUGACACAGACUGGACACAAUCUAAGCAGAAACAGAAAAAGAAAGGUCAAAGUUACAAAAACUACAACCCCUCAGGUUUUUAAAGUAAACCAUAGUGGGGAAGAUGAGCAAAGAGCUGAAAUUAAAACAUUGCAAUCCAGUGGCGUUCAAAUUUGCCAUACUCUGGGACACAGAGCUGUCAUCAUGCCAGAUACACAGGAUAAUCCAAAAGCAACUGGUGAAGGUCCCAAGAAAAGUAGGAAAAAGAAGAAACCUCUUGCAAAAAAAAAAAUAACGUCUCUAGAAGUUGGAGCCUGUACUGGGGAUAUGGAAAACACGUUUGAUCUUUACAGAAAAGCUAUGCAUGCCCUUAAGCUGAAACAAGAACAACAAAGAGAGAGACCUUCCCGUAGCAACCAAGAAGUUAGCCCACUACAAUAAGAGAAACAAUCCAAAAAGGGAAAUAAUCUGCACAAUAACUUAUGACUAACCCCCACAUUAUUAACUGACCUUAAAUUGAAGGCUUUUUAUGAGACUAAUGUAGAUGGCCAAUCCAUUGGCUAAACCAUCAAUAUUCAAUUGGUGGGAGUCCAACUUCCAUUACCCUCGCCAGUCAACUUAUUGAAGGUGCUGUAUUAUUUCCUUGAUUGUAUCCCAGGCACAGCUUCAUACAACGCCCAAUGGCUGUACCUGGUACCGCAGUUUAGUCUCAUCCAAGGUAGUAUUUUAUUUAGGGUAGGGGUGGUCGCACACAGUACAGCACGUAUAUGACACUGCGGAUGUUAUGCUGACAGUCACAGAGCGACUUCAGAGCGAGCUCCCUGUAGCUCUGUGUGUCCAAUUACCCAUAAAGGGGUACUCCGCCCCUAUACAUCUUAUUUCC